UUCGAUCAAUUUGGGUAUAGAAUAACACCAAAUUGUCGCACGUGGGUGGUCUUAGCUAGCAACCACCGACCAACCUCGUCAUCACCACCACCAUGUACUACCCUACCCCCACCCCCACCCCCACCACCCCAUUCUCUUCUUUCUUCUUCACAAUCUAACUUCCCCAAAACCCAAGAAAGAUUCUUGAUUUUUCCGCCAUGGAAACCAGUGAAGACCCAAACAAGCUUUCUUCUACUCUUGCCGACCCAACCACACAACCCCUUCUCUCCAAACCCUACCCUGUUGAUGAUUCUAUAGCACCCCAUCACUACCCUGGACAAUCUUCUUUAGACCCAGAUGAUCAAACUCAGUUCCUUCAGAUCUCUUACAAUUUUGGGCCUCGACCCUUAAAGGACCUUCCUUUUCUUGUCCUUUUUGUUCUUCUUGUUCUUUGCACUUUUGGUUUUGGUAUCUUUGCUUCUGUUCAUAGAAAUCCUCAUCACUCUCAAAUUUCAUCUUUUACCUACAAUUUCACCUCAUCUUCUUGUAGUCUUGAGAGUUCUACCUUUGAGAGUUCUAGUGACUUUUUUUCACUUUACUCAUCUGAUUCUAGUUUCUUGAAGAGUUUGAUAUGGACCCUUGUAGUUACUUUAAUUCUAAGCAUACCCUUUAUGCUUUUUGUGCUUUUCUUGCUCAAGCGCUAUACAAAGCAGAUAGUUUAUGCUUCACUUCCCUUUUUUGUAAUUGUCCCUGUUUUUCUUGACAUCUACUGGUUUGUUGCUUGUACUGUGAACUCCAAAUGUAGUGAGGAUUUCCCUUUGGCUUAUAGAAUUCUGGUGGUUGUUUUCGUGUUGUUGUUAAUUGGGCUACUUGUUUGGAUUUUCGUAGCGAAUUGGCAUAGGAUUGAGUUGACUAUUAAGAUUAUUGGGGUUGCUUCUUCUGCCCUUUCAAGUAAUUUGGGAUUGUUUGGAGUGCUUCCAUCAUUGACUUUGGGGCUGUUAGCUUAUUAUGCACCCAUUGUUGUUUUCUUGGUGUUUGCUAGGCUUAAUGGAGAAGUGGUACCCAAGGAAAAACAUGGGGGGUAUUAUUGUGUAUGGAAACAGGAUAGCUGGGUUCCUGCUUAUUAUACAUUUGCAAUCCUAACAAUGCUUUGGUCUGCCACAGCAAUGAUUGAGGCACAUGUUUAUGUCAUAAGUGGAACAAUUGCACAAUGGUACUUCUCCAAGGAUGAAUCAGGUCCCAAAAGGUCUAUGAGAAGUGCUUUGAGAAAUGCAUUUGGUCCAUCCUCAGGCACAGUAUGUUUCUCUGGGUUACUGAUUGCUGUGGUUCGUAUUGUUCGUUCCAUGGUUGAUAAUGCAAAACAAGAAGAUUCUGGAAUUGUGAACCUUAUUUUGCGAUUUUGUGCCAAUACCUUGCUGUCAGCGGUUGAGUUUGUGAAUAAAUUCACCAUAAACUUUGCUGCUAUAACUGGUGAAGCAUACUGCACUUCUGCUAAGAUGACAUAUGAACUUCUAAAGCGCAAUCUUCUCUCUCCAGUGUUUGUGGAGACUGUCUCCACUCGCUUACUGGCUGGAAUAAUCUUUGUUCUCUCAACAUUAUAUGCAAUAUUGGUUUUUCUUGUGGUAAGAGCUGCUAGUGAUCUUGAUGUCGAAUCAUACUUUAUUGCUGUUCUGGCAUGGCUGCUGCUGAUGGUGGUUCUUGGUUUCUUCGUCUUUGUUUUGGAUAACGUCAUAGACACAGUAUAUGUUUGUUAUGCGAUUGAUAGAGACAGAGGAGAGGUAUGUAAACAGGAGGUUCAUGAUGUUUAUGUGCACCUUCCUAUCAGUAGGAGUCAUAGUUCUGCCUCUUACGGUGCCAGAAGUCCCCUUCUUGUAUAACGACUUCAAUGUGUUGUUCUGUCUGUAAUUCUUUUUCUCCUUUUCGGUUUCGGUUUCCCUUUGUAAUUGCCGGAUCGGCCUGUUAGGCAGGUUGUGCAGUGAGGUAAAUUUAUUCUGUAUAACAGUGUUUUUCCAAUAAAAAUGAAAAUAUUUGCU